AAUGUCAAAUCAAUAUCUUCGAAUAUCAAAGACCAAUAAACUGUGAACUGCAAUAAAUAAAUAAAAAAACUGAUUUUGCUGUGUAUAAUGUAUCUUAUUAUUGGUUGAAAUUUCUGAAUGUUUAUCGUGUAUUAUAAAUUAAUUUAGGUUAGGGAGGUAUAAAGUAUCUCAAGAUAAUGUCAGAAUCAUCUAAAUCUAAGUCCUUAAAUCUGAAUCCCUCACCGACGUUGCAAUGUAAAAAUCUCCAUGAAUAUCUGCAGAGCAGGACACCACAGUUUCUGGAAACUUUAUAUAACUAUCCUACGAUAUGCCUAGCUGUGUACCGGGAACUACCAGAAUUGGCUCGGCAUUUUGUAAUUCGCUUACUAUUUGUGGAACAGCCAGUUCCACAAGCUGUGGUUGCAUCAUGGGUCUCACAGACACAUGCUAAAGAACAAAGUAAAGCAUGUGAGGCAUUAUCAGAGCUGUCGGUGUGGCAGGAGGCACCUAUACCAGGAGGUUUGCCCGGGUGGAUACUAGCUCAGUCUUUCAAAAAGAACCUAAAGGCUGCUUUGUUAGGAGGUGGUCGGCCAUGGAGCAUGUCAUCAUCACUGGAACCUGACAGCAAGGCGCGGGAUGUGGCUUUCCUAGACUCAUAUGCGCUGGAGCGGUGGGAGUGUGUGCUGCACUACAUGGUGGGCAGCACACAGACUGAAGGCAUCAGUGCUGAUGCUGUCAGGAUACUGCUGCACGCUGGAUUGAUGACCAGAGAUGCAGAAGAUGGUUCUGCUGUUAUCACCAGAGCUGGUUUUCAGUUCCUGCUGCUGAGCACCGCCAAACAGGUGUGGCUGUUCCUGCAGCACUACCUGCACACGGCGGAGAAGCGCAGCCUCAGCGCCGCGGAGUGCCUCGCCUUCCUCUACCAGCUCAGCUUCAGCACCCUCGGCAAGGACUACAGCACGGAGGGCAUGAGCAACAACAUGCUGGUGUUCCUGCAGCACCUGCGCGAGUUCGGCCUCGUCUACCAGAGGAAGCGUAAAGCGGGCCGCUUCUACCCGACGCGGCUGGCGCUGAACAUCACGUGCGUGCGCGAGGGCUCCGCGCCGCCCGCCGCGCCCCCUGCGCCCCCUGCGCCGGGUGCGCGGGGCGCGGCGGGCGCGGGGGGCGCGGCGGGCGCGCGCGGCUACAUCGUGGUGGAGACGAACUACCGCGUGUACGCGUACACGCAGACCAGCCUGCAGGUGGCGCUGCUCGGCCUCUUCACGGAGCUGCUCUACAGGUUCCCGAACCUGGUGGUGGGCGUGGUGACGCGCGAGUCGGUGCGGCAGGCGCUGCGCGGCGGCAUCACCGCAGACCAGAUCAUACGCUACCUGCAGCAGCACGCGCACCCCCAGAUGCUGCAGGCGCACUCCGCCCACUCUCCCCUCCCAACGCUGCUGCCGCCCACCGUCGUGGACCAGGUGCGCCUCUGGCAGGCGGAGAGGAACCGCUUCUCCUACACCGAGGGCGUCGUCUACAACCAGUUCCUCUCGCAGGCGGACUUCGCGCUGGUGCGGGAGUACGCGCGCGCGCAGAGCGUGCUCGUGUGGCACAGCGAGCGCACGCGCACCGUCAUCGUCACCCGCGCCGGCCACGACGCCGUGCGCAAGUACUGGAAGAAGCACUCCAAGACCGCCUAGCCCCCCGCACCCACAGUGACCGACUCUUCUAACUGUAAAUAAAGUGUUUAUACCCUUCAA